GGCCCCUCCCCGCGCUCCGUUCCCGGCUCUCCCGCCCCCCGGCGAGCGAGCGGUGACUUAAGCAACGGAGCGCAGCGAAGCCCAUUUUUCUCCUUGCUCGCAGCCGCGCCGGGCAGCUCGUGGCGCGGCAUCUCCGCUCCGGCCCGAGAUGAAUGCUGCGGCAGAAGCUGAGUUCAACAUCCUGCUGGCCACCGACUCGUACAAGGUUACUCACUAUAAACAGUACCCACCCAACACAAGCAAAGUUUAUUCCUACUUUGAAUGCCGUGAAAAGAAGACUGAAAACUCCAAAGUAAGGAAGGUGAAAUACGAGGAAACAGUAUUUUAUGGGUUGCAGUACAUUCUUAAUAAGUACUUAAAAGGUAAAGUAGUGACCAAAGAGAAAAUCCAGGAGGCCAAAGAAGUGUACAGAGAACAUUUCCAAGAUGAUGUCUUUAAUGAGAAGGGAUGGAACUACAUUCUUGAGAAAUAUGAUGGUCAUCUUCCGAUUGAAGUAAAGGCUGUUCCUGAGGGUUCUGUCAUUCCCAGAGGGAAUGUGCUGUUCACGGUGGAGAACACAGACCCCGAGUGCUACUGGCUUACCAACUGGAUUGAGACUAUUCUUGUUCAGUCCUGGUAUCCAAUUACAGUGGCCACAAACUCAAGAGAGCAGAAGAAAAUACUGGCCAGAUACUUGUUAGAGACCUCUGGUAAUUUAGAUGGUCUGGAGUACAAGUUACAUGAUUUUGGUUACAGAGGAGUCUCUUCACAAGAGACUGCUGGCAUAGGAGCAUCCGCUCAUUUGGUUAACUUCAAAGGAACAGAUACAGUGGCGGGAAUUGCUCUAAUCAAAAAAUACUACGGAACAAAAGAUCCUGUUCCAGGCUAUUCUGUCCCAGCGGCAGAGCACAGUACCAUAACAGCCUGGGGGAAAGACCAUGAAAAAGAUGCUUUUGAACACAUAGUAACACAGUUCUCAUCAGUGCCUGUGUCUGUGGUCAGUGAUAGCUACGACAUUUAUAACGCUUGCGAGAAAAUAUGGGGUGAAGACCUAAGACAUUUAAUAGUAUCGAGAAGUACAGAGGCGCCGCUAAUCAUCAGACCUGACUCUGGAAACCCGCUUGACACUGUAUUGAAGGUCUUAGAUAUUUUAGGCAAGAAGUUUCCUGUCACUGAGAACUCAAAGGGCUACAAGUUACUGCCACCUUAUCUGAGAGUCAUUCAGGGCGAUGGAGUGGAUAUCAACACUUUACAGGAGAUUGUAGAGGGAAUGAAACAAAAAAAAUGGAGUAUUGAGAAUGUCUCCUUUGGUUCUGGUGGAGCUUUGCUGCAGAAGUUGACAAGGGACCUCUUGAAUUGCUCCUUCAAGUGCAGCUAUGUUGUAACCAAUGGCCUUGGGGUUAAUGUCUUUAAGGACCCAGUUGCUGAUCCCAACAAAAGGUCAAAGAAGGGCCGGUUAUCUUUACAUAGGACACCAGCAGGGAACUUCGUUACACUUGAAGAAGGAAAAGGAGACCUUGAGGAAUAUGGCCACGAUCUUCUCCAUACGGUUUUCAAGAAUGGGAAGGUGACAAAAAGCUAUUCGUUUGAUGAAGUCAGAAAAAAUGCACAGCUGAAUAUCGAGCAGGACGUGGCACCUCAUUAGGCCUGGUUGUUGUUUGUGCAGUGUGUGUAUACAUACGUGCACUGUGUGUGCGCUUGUGUGUAUGUAAUAACAUGUUCAUUGUACAGAUGUGUGGGUUUGUGUUUAUGAUACAUUACAGCCAGAUUAUUUGUUGGUUUAUGGACAUACUGCCCUUUUUAUUUUCUUUUUGCCAAUGUUUAGAUGAUCUCAAAUUAGGAAACACUUAUAACCAUGUACAAGAUUAAUGCUAAAGUAAGCUUUCUAGGGCCCUUUGCUAAUAGGUAGUAACUCAAUCUGGUGUUGACCUUUUCACAAAUCACAGAACCAAGAAACUUUUAUAUAUAACUACAGAUCACAUAAAACAGAUUUGCAUAAAAUUACCAUGACUGCUUUAUGUUUAUAUUUAACUUGUAUUUUUGUACAAAUGAGAUUGUGUAAGAUAUAUUUAAAGUUCCAGUGAUUUAACAGUCUGUUUCCAACUUUUCAUGAUUUUUAUGAGCACAGACUUUCAAGAAAAUACUUGAAAAUAAAUUGCAUUGCCUUUUGUCCAUUAAUCAGCAAAUAAAACAUGGCCUUAACAAAAUUGUUUGUGUUAUUGUACAUUUGGAAAUUAUGUCAGGACAUAUACCCAACAGAAUUACUAACCUCACUGCCCUUGUAGAAUAUACAUUAGUCAUUCUAUAUUGAAAGGAAUUAUGGUUCUUACUCGAAUGUUCUAGGCAUUGUACAGUUCUAUACCUUGGUCAUUGUACUGUACCAGUGAAAUGCCAAAUUCGAAAGGCCUGUUCUGCAGUUUUAUAUGUCAGAUAUUGCCUGUAGCUCUAAUAUGCACCUCAAGAUUUUAAGAAGAUAAUGUUUUUAGAGAGAAUUUCUGCUUCCACUAUAGAAUAUAUACAUAAAUGUAAAAUAUUGAAAGUGGAAGUAGUGUAUUUUAAAGUAAUUACACUUCUGAAUUUAUUUUUCAUAUUCUAUAGUUGGUAUGACUUAAAUGAAUUGCUGGAGUGGGUAGUGAGUGUACUUAUUUUAAAUGUUUUGAUUCUGUUAUGUUUUCAUUAAGUUUUUAAAAAAUUAAAUUGGAUAUUAAACUGUAUGGACAUCAUUUAUUAAUUUUAAAUUAAACCCUCAGUAACUAAUAUUUUUUAAGCAAGUUCUUGAUAUUACCCCCAAUGGAAAGUGUGAUUCUUAGUGGAAGAAUCUUAACUCAAUCAGAGUUGUGGCAAAUUUUAAAAUAUCCUAUAUCAAAAUAUUUAUAGGGACUUACUGCUAGACCCUGGUUUGGCCACUGCAUCCAACUAGACACUAGUUUCUUCGGGAUGACUACUGACCCUGGGUUGGUUCUAAGGCAGGGUUGGCCAGCUGCCCUGCAGGCCACCUUGGUGCUGCUCCUUCAUUGUAAUUAUGUUCUGUCUAAGGCUGUUUCCCACUUCAGUGGCAGAAAUUGAGUAGUUGCAAUGGAGAACAAAUACUCCACAAAGCCUGGAAUGUUCACUAAACACAAACACAGAAAGCUCACUGACCUCUGUUCUAAGAAAAGGAACAUGCCUUUGAAUUUGAGAGAGAUGUUGGUUUUUCUGGGAAGGAAGGAAACUGAAUUUUUAUGGAGUUUCUAUUGUUCCUUCUCAUUUAAGAAUCUGAUACUAGAAAUUGAUUUAGAUAAGUUUUAACAACUUGCCAUUAAGAUGAAAUUUUUAAAAGCCACGAGUCAUCUAAAACAGUCACAUGAGAGGUAUCAGUAAUCUAAUGAAAGGAGUUGGAAGUUUUGAGAUGAUCCUCAAAUUUUUAAGGAGAGCAGGGAUCAUUACUGACUUAGUGAUCCUUAUCUUGCAAUACAUGGGUUAAAAAAAAAAUUAUCUUAAACUGAUUUUUUUUUUUUAAUGUAAUUUAAGAAGUCUGGAUUUGGUGUGGUGCAGGCCUAUAAUCCCAGAACUGAAGUGGAGACAUAAGGGUCAGAAUCAACAUCCUUGACUACAUAAUACAUCCAGGCUAGCCUGAGCUAUUUGAGACCCUGGCUCAAGACAAUGAAAAUGUACGUAAGAUUAAAAAGUCAUGUCCUGGAUGGGUAUCAUGGUAGGCAGUGGUAAUCCCGGUACUUGAGAGGUAUACACAGGUAGAUUAUUGUUUAAAACCAGUUUCUAUUGUGUAGACCCUUAUGUCUGCUCCCUGAAAGGAGAGGUACAGCUUCACAAAAUAUGCCACCAGGCUUACAGAGUACUACACAAAGCUGUCAUCGGUGUCAUACUGAGCAGUGUUUUUGUAUUCUGUGAAUUCGGGCAGCUCCACAUGUCUGUUUUACCCUGAAACGUUUAGUGAGAACUAGAAGUCUCCCAUUUGUGCGAGUGGGUCCAGGAGUAGAUUGGGUAAUUUCUCUUGGCUCUGGUCCCCGUGGAACUGAUGAAUUUUGAAUUUCUGUCACCAAGCAGUAGUGGCCAUCUCUAUCCUGAGUACCAAAUGGAUGACAUAAAUGUCAAGUGGAGUUGUUCUGUGUGUCACCCUUAGAUUGGCCUAACUCUUCCUGACAAAAGCGAAUAAUGUAUACAGACUUAAGACACUAGAUUUGCAGUUGGCAUUAGUUCCCUUUAAUUCAUAAGUAGGAAGUAGGAUUUUGUGUUGACUUAUUUGUACCCUAUAUUUAAAGUAAAAAGGUUUUAUUAUGAGUAGCCCUUCUUUUCUUUAAAUGAACUGUUAUGAAAAAAGCUUUUAUAGUGGAAUCCAUCUUGGAAAAUUAGAGAAAAAUAGCAAGGUAUUUGUUGUUGUAUUUACCAUAACUUAGAGCUCACUUAAACUAGUAUUUUGUAGUUUUACAUUACUUUUUAACCCAUUCAGUGGAGAAUAUCAAGCUUUCUCCCAAGUUGUAUGUUAAGUCAAUUCUAAUAUGUACUCUUCAUCAAAGACAACAUGUAAUAAACAUGGAAAUAAAGUUUAGUUCUGUUAGUGAAAUGUUAAA